GUUGCGCUGAUUCAGAAGGAGUUGUCUGAAAUAAGUAACGAUCCUCCUCCAAACUGCUCUGCUUUUCCUCGUGGCGACAAUCUUUACGAAUGGAUUUCCACUAUUCUUGGUCCCCCUGGUUCUGUCUAUGAGGGUGGUAUUUUCUAUUUGGACAUUCAUUUUCCAUUAGAUUACCCAUUUAAACCACCAAAGGUAACCUUCAAAACUCGCAUUUAUCAUUGCAAUAUCAACAGUCACGGAGUUAUUUGCCUGGACAUUCUGAAGGAUAAUUGGUCACCUGCGCUAACAAUAAGCAAGUUGCUACUCUCUAUCUGUUCUCUUCUCACGGAUUGCAAUCCAGCUGACCCUCUUGUGGGCUCUAUCGCUAGUCAGUACGUCAACAAUCGCUCGGAGCAUGAUAGAACUGCAAAGCUGUGGACGAAGAAGUACGCUAGCGCCAUUGCUUAUAACUACUCUGGUUCAUCUCGCCCCGUUGCUAGGGAUAUCUCGGAUACUCUUCAAGACAACGAAGCAGCUCAAAGCAGUCCCGAAGUCGAUGACGAAAACACCAGUUCUUCUACAUCACCUUCAGUCGAAUCUUCAAAUGGAAACCAAUGA